CCCAUGUUUACGUCAAAUCCUUCCCAGCAGCGGAUGUUAUUGGAAAACUGGAGCCACAAAGCAUAAACGUUUAAGCUAGAAAUCCGAAAGUUCCCAAAGCUGAUAUUUUGAUUGACGCCGUGGAUACAGAAGAAGCUCCCUUAUCUGGCCUCCUUCCAGGGAACCAACAUGUCCAGUGACCCCCCUCCUCCUUACCCAGGCGGCCCCAAUGCCCCACUUCUUGAGGAAAAAAAUGGACAACCUCCAGUUUCUGCAGCCUCUGCUCCAGUAAUGACAGGACCUCCACAAGGACAGCCGCUGCCCCCAGAAUACGGGCCUCCACCUUAUGAAGCCACACCUGGCUUUGUUCCUCCACACGUCCCAGGCGAAGGUCCCAAGCCUAUGGCUAUGCCUAUGCAUAUGCACAUGCCUAUGCCUCAUCCUCACGGUGGUUACUACGCUCCCCCUGGACACUUUCCUCAUCCAAUAGCGGAGCACUAUGGUCCGGGGCCCAGUCACUUUGGUCCAGGUCACACAGCCACAGUUCUCUCCCCUCCUGGUGCCACCACCACCGUGACUGUUCUACAGGGGGAGAUGUUUCAGUCGACUCCAGUGCAGACGGUUUGUCCACACUGCCAACAACCCAUCACCACCCGCAUCAGCCACGACAUCGGCCUCAUGAAUACUCUAAUCUGCAUGUUCUGCUUCUUUGUCGGAUGUGAUCUAGGUUGCUGCUUGAUCCCCUGUAUGAUUGACGACCUCAAGGAUGUGACACACACGUGCCCCAACUGCAAGGGCUAUAUUUACACAUACAAGCGCAUAUGCUAACAGUCUAUCCCAUUAACGAUCGUGCUGUGACCUCAUUCUGGUGGGUGUUGACGACUCACUCUCAUUUCCUUCUGCUCUCUGAUCGCCUCAGCUGACGGCUCGUAUUUCUAGCCAUUUCUCGCUUUAUGUAACUAUAGAUUCUCACAUUUAAUUUCCAGGUACUUGAUGUAGUUACUGACACCUCUAAAAUGAAGCAGAGGGCACGUUUUAAUAUGCACAAUGGUCAUUGUUUCAUCAAAACACUGUUUCAAUUUUUUUUUUUUUUUUUUUUUAGCAGUAAAGCAAAGUGUAAGCAUCUAGAAAAUAUGUGAAAAGGGUAACCUUAAGCUCAUUCGUGAAUAUUACUGAGUAGCGAAAACAACUGAAUUUCACUACAGGGUCAGUAUUGUUGGAAUGUAGGAUUAUUAUUUUAUGCAUUAUUGUUUUAUUUUAACAUAUUGAAAUGAAAGUCUUUAAUAGCUGGGUCUGGGACUGUUUAACAUUGUCCUGGAGUAACAUUGUUGCUUUUACAUGUGAAAAUUGCGUCUAUAUUUGGCAUUUUAUGCAAAUGUUAUGGGGGAAAAUUUUUUUUUCACUUUUGUCAUGUUUUCAGUUUCUCAUGUUUGUCUACGAGACUCAUUUGAUUUGAUAUGCUUAUGAAACAUGCGUGUCAUUUUAUUUGACAGGUUUUUAUUGAGAAGGAAUAUGUAUGUCCAUUUAAAUCUCCUUUUAGUAA